GAGUACUGAAUAUCUUCAGCAGCGCAGAGAAUAGCUUGAUAGCCAUGAAUAAAAUAAUUUUGAUUUUGUCUCUGAUUGGAGUCGCGGUGGCGAAACCAUCGGCGUUAUUCCUAAGCCCUGGGUUUGUUGAAUUGAGAGCUGGAGCACCGAUCGGUUUUGAUGGCAAAGUGGUCGACACACCGGAAGUUGCUCUAGCUAAGGCUGAACAUGCGGCUGCUCAUAUAAACGAAAGACUCAGUCAUGGAGCAGCUGGUUCUGUUCAAGUUCCAGUAGCUAAAAUUGACUUGUCUGGAGGAGCUCCCAUCGGCGCGGAUGGUCGUGUUGUCGACACACCGGAAGUAGCGUUCGCCAAAGCGGAACACGCAGCCGCUCACAUCAACGAACAACUCGAGGCCGGUAGCGCUGAUACGAAUUUGCUGACUUACAAACUCGCGAAACUUCAACCUGGUGCGCCGAUCGGUUUGGACGGCAGGGUGCUUGAGACUCCUGAGGUCGCGCUCGCGAGAGCUGAACACGCAGCCGCUCACUUCAAUGAAAGACUCAAUCAUGCUUCAGAAGGAAUUAAAAACUCGGCAUUUAUUCCUGUUUCUACUUACUCUUACAUCGCUCCAUCACCAUUUUACAAAAAGUCCAAGACAGCGAGUACUGGAGUACCAGCAGCGCUUAAAAUACACACGAGACUUUUACCAAUAUCAAUAUCAAUCAUCAUGUCGAAAUAUUUGAUUGUGCUGGCAAUGGCAGUGACCUGUAAGGCAGGAUACCAAGACUUUGGACCACAAGAAUUUGCUCACCAGCCUCAACUAGCUCACAGCCAACAUUUUGCACCACCGGCACCAGUUGGACAUGAUGGAAAUGUUAUUGAUACACCAGAAGUCGCUCAAGCUAAAGCUGCACAUUUCGCUGAAUUUGCAAAGGCUGCUGCACGUGCUGCUGCUUCUCAAGAAAAAGAACUACCAGAAUCGUACCCAGUUCAUCGUCACUAUUCUUCACCGGCUCCAGUAGCUCCUGUCCAUCACGCACCCGUGCCAGUCCAUGCACCUGCACCAGUCCAUGCACCCGCGGCUCUUCCCAGUUACCGAUUAUCGGCCUCUCAUUACUCAUCACCAGUCUCCGAGCCCCACUACUCACGCGCUUCCGAACCCCAUUACGCACAAGAACCCACUAGCUUUUCUCACCAACCAGCCCACCAUUUCUCCGGUCCCGUAGCCCACAAGCCUCACUUCCAGCCUGCUCCUUUAGCUGAAGACGGUACUGUUCUUGACACUCCCGAAGUCGCCGCUCUUAAAGCCACGAGAUUGGCUGAACUCGCUGACGCUGAAGCCAGAGCUUACAAAAACGCCGGAGAUAAUUUUGAUGAGCAAGGAUUCCAUGCAGGACCCGCCGGACCAGCUCCAGUUCAAUACAACCCAACACUUUACAACCAAGCACCACAAGCUUACUCUCCCUAUGGAAAAAGUGGUUACCAACAACCCCAACCAACUUACCAAUCUAAAUUAUAUCAAUCUCAACAGCUUUUAGGAUCUUACGUAGUACUUCUAUUGACCAUUGAAUUAACGAUAGCCAAAGCAACUUACAAUUUAUUGUAUGCUUAUCAAGGACCACCCGCACCACUUUCUAAAGACGGCAAAGUUAUAGAUACCCCGGAGGUCGCUCAUGCAAAGGCCGCGCAUUUCGCGGCGUAUGCUCGUGUGGCUGCUAAAGUUGCGUCUCAUCUGGAUGAAUGGACAGACGCUUACAAAGAAAAGGAUGAAGUAGAAAUAGAAACUAAUGAAAUUAGUGGUGGUGGUGGUGGUGAUGGUGGUGAUAGUGAUCACCAUCAUCAUCAUAAAGAACAUUUUCCUGUUUAUCAUGGACCACCAGCACCACUGGGACAUGACGGCCGGGUUAUUGAUACAGAAGAGGUUGCGCACGCUAAAGCAGCACAUUUAGCAGCAUUGGAACGUGCGAAAGCUCUAGCAGCCAGUUCUCAAGAUAAUCAUUAUCAUCAUAAUGAACCCAAAGUACCUGCCAUGAGUUAUCAUGUACCGAUUGUUUAUCACGGGCCACCGGCACCUCUUGCACCUGACGGUCAAGUUAUCGACACACCGGAAGUUGCAAAGGCACGAGAUGCUCAUCUGUAUGCUUACCACCACGCAAAGACACUUGUUGGAAACGACGAGUAUUCAAAAUAUGACGGAAAAAACCGUGAAUAA